AACAAAAAACAGAAUUAACAUUUCUAAUGGAAACUAAUAGCUGGCAAUGCGUAACUGCAUCCCCCCCAAAAAAAAGAAAAAAGAAGAAUUAAAAAAAAGAGCUUGCUGCAACAACAUACAGGGGAAGUUAUAACUUGCUGACACAGCUGAUUCUUAUCACUUGUACAGAGAAGCUUUGGCCAGUUUCAGUUUAAGACAUGCAUCGUUCUUCCUCCUUUCCUUCAAAAGCUGGUUUGGAAAACAUCAGUGGAAGAGGUGCUUAGUAAACAGACUAACUGAGUAAGAAAAUUGUGUCUGAUGAUGGAUGUGACCUCAUCUGGCUUCCCAAACUCUUCUGGAGACUUCUGGAGUAAUCCAAGUGAGCUGAUGAAAAAUUUUUCUUCGGAAACCCAAAACAUUACCAUCUGUCUUAUGAAUGAAGACUCCUUGUCUUUUACCAUAAUAGUUUCAUACUCCAUUAUCUUUGUCAUUGGAUUGGCUGGCAAUAGUAUAGCUUUGUUUGCUUUUUUGUGUGUUCAUUCCAAAAGGAAUUCUAUCCAGAUUUACUUGCUAAAUGUAGCCAUCGCAGACCUUCUGCUGAUCUUCUGCCUGCCCUUCCGGAUAUUAUAUCAUAUUAAUAAAAACACAUGGACAUUGGGACAGAUGUUCUGCAAGACUGUAGGAACCUUGUUUUAUAUGAACAUGUACAUCAGUAUAGUAUUGCUGGGACUAAUUAGUAUGGACCGCUAUGUGAAAAUCAAAAAGUCUAUUCGACGUCCUACAGUGUUAACAACCAAACGAAGCAUGUGUAUUUGUUGCAUAGUGUGGGCAAUUGCACUAACAGGAUUUAUAGUAAUAGUUGCCCAGCCUACUAAGAAGGAAGAACACAAUUCUAUUAUGUGCUUUCAUUACAGAGAUAAACAGCAAAAAAAAAUAGAAGCAAGUAUAAAUUAUAUUGUUGUAAUAAUCUUUUGGAUAGUUUUCUUUCUACUAAUACUUUCAUAUGUUAAAAUUGCUAAGAUCCUCCUGAAAAUUUCAAAGAAAAGAGCACAUUUCCCCAAUGCUGGAAAGUAUGCCAUCACGGCAAGGAAUUCCUUCAUUGUACUCAUCAUUUUUACCUUUUGUUUUGUUCCUUUUCAUGCAUUUCGAUUUGUCUACAUUACAUCACAACUGCAAAAUACAUCUUGUUUUUGGAAAGAGAUCAUUCACAAAUGUAAUGAGAUUAUGCUUAUAUUCUCAUCUUUUAACAGCUGCCUUGAUCCUAUUAUGUAUUUCCUAAUGUCCAGCAGUGUCCGUAAGACUGUACUCCAACUUAUUUGUAGAAGAAUUCACAGGGACUCAAACAUGACAGAAAGUACUUCAGAAAUGAAACCGGGACAAUCUACUCUAGAAGCAACGACCACCAUUACUCCCCAUUCAAGCUUUUUAAAAAAAAGGUCCCUGAUCUGAUCAUUUAAACAAAAGGAAGACAACAACUUAAUAAAAUCCCCUGAAGAACUAUUCAGUCAGUCUAAAUCACAAAUGUUUAAUGGACCAGACAGAGCAAUUUAAGAAGUGGCAUUACUGUCUCCUUCUCCCUUUCCCUUUGUUAAAAUAUGGAAGGUCCCGGAUCUCUUAACUGAAAAAUGAAACUUAACUUCUUGUAGUUUAAACACUUCAUUAAAACACUUCACUUCUCCUAGGAUUAAUUUUCAGCACUGGACUUUCAGGGACAAUUUUUCGACUCUGGACUCAAUUUGUGUGCGCAAAAAACUUCAUAGAUACAAACAUUAGGUGUACAUUAAGUAGUACUAUUCUUUACAUGUUUUUAGAAACCGGAGGAUAAACGUCAUACAUGCCACAUGCUUUUUUUCUGUUUGAUAUAAACCAACAUAACCCCUGUAUUUAAUAUUUGAUAAAUCUGUCUUUGAAGAAUAAUAUAUUUUAGAAGGCUUUAAAAAUCAGUUUCUUAGCUGUUUUUAUUGAACUAAUCCUUUCACAGCAAGAUAUUUAAUAAUCUAUUAUGAAUAUGACUCAGACAGGAGGUAAAAACCAUGAAGGCAUGACAAUGAAUCUAAACUCAAUGUCUUGAAUGUUUUAACUUAGGUAAAUAAUAAUAUUUAAGACAGCUUCUUAUACUUGGUUCCUUAAGGAUUAUGACAAUAAUGCACUGUAUAUAUAAUUUUUAGAAUGUAUAUCCAUCUCUUGGCUCAAGAUUGUAAGCUCUUUGGAGCAGAGAUCAUUUUUAUAUUCUGGUUCUGACUGGAUCUCCUAGGCAAUACCAUAAAACUAAUAAUACAAAAUAAAUACCUUCACACCUAGACACCUGGUAUACCUAGAGCUACUUUAUAGCCAUAAACAAACAGUCACGUGGUGUCCUUCCCUCCCCCACCAUGUUUUGAGCCAACAAGAAAUUGUGCCCUUCUUUCAGAAACCCUCAGAAAUGUUAAGAUGUAAAUUUCUACACUGAAUCAGAAAUAACCAAAACAAGUUAAAAAUGAAACUGUAAACAAAAUAAAAUUUUAGUUAACA